UGGACAUACAACCUAAAAUUUGAUAACAUGACUGGCAUGCGGAAAAGCGAAUUACUCACUCCACCAAAUCAAAUCGACCUAAUCACGACCUAUCUUCCUGCCAAAAAUUACGAUAGCCUACGUUUCAUAGGUCCUGAUGGAAAUGUGUUCCUGUGGGUUGCCCAUGCCCCGCUGAGCUCCGUGCAUGGAGCCAGAUACGAUGCCCUUCGACAUGCGCUUUUCAUGGCACCUAAGGGCUGCGAUCCACUGUACGGCAAUAUCGUAGCAGAUCAUGCAUACUGGGAUGGCUUUAUCGAUUACUCUGAGUCGACUUGCACCUUCACUCUUGUCAAUCUUCCCGACGAGGCGUUAUACAUCCGCACUUCUGCUGUGGAUCCUGCGCUUAUCUGCGCCACACUGCAGAUUAUGAGAGACUGGGAGUUCCACAUGCUGAGAGUCCAGAGGCAUAGGGACCCAAAUGGUUUCAGGAUUAGUGAAGAUAGAGCACGAGAAGGUGACUUGGGCAGAAUAACUUAUUGGAGA